UACAAUCGCUGAUUGGCCACUUCUCCGCUUAUCGGCUCACCGCCUCCGAUAUGAAUCAUUUUUAUCGGUUUCCCACCAAACUCCUCUCAGCUUUUUCUCUCGUCCUGUGUCUCUGUUUCUACAUCGUUUCUUUCGUUUCGUUGGUUGCGUGCUGUCGUUCUUUUCUGGAGUCACACACACACUCUCUCUCUCUCCUCUGCCAAUGUCCUCUUCUCUCCCCGGGAACCGGGACCUACCUUCCUCCCAAUAUGACCUGACCACGUAUUGGGGUCGUGUUCGACAUGCCGCAGACAUCUCGGAUCCCAGGAUGUUGUUUACCUCCUCGACCGGCCUCGAGCAGGCCAAGCGACUGAUCUCCUCUUACAAACAGAAUGAACUCCCAGCUAUGACCCCAGAGUUGUGGCAAGCAAAGAAAGUUGUGGACUCGACUUUGCAUCCGGACACUGGUGAGCCGGUUUUCCUUCCCUUCCGCAUGUCGUGCUACGUUCUUUCCAACCUCAUCGUCACGGCUGGCAUGCUUACGCCAGGACUCAAGACGACAGGUACCCUGCUGUGGCAAAUUACGAACCAGUCGCUUAAUGUCGCAAUUAACAACGCCAAUGCGAAUAAGUCGACUCCAUUAUCCAUCUCCCAGAUGGCUAAGUCAUAUAUGAUGGCAGUGUCAGCAUCCUGCUCUGUAGCCUUGGGUUUGAAUGCCCUGGUCCCCCGUCUGAAGGGCAUAUCCCCGAGUACAAAGCUUAUCCUGGGCCGUUUGGUUCCCUUUGCGGCCGUUUCUAGCGCUAGCGCGCUGAACGUGUUCUUGAUGCGUGGGGAGGAGAUCCGCCAAGGUAUCGACGUUUAUCCUGUUCUGACUGAAGAAGAAAAGAAGAAGCGGGAGGAGACGGGUGAGCCUGUGCAAAGUCUCGGGAAGAGUAAGAAAGCAGCCACGAUUGCGGUGGGGGAGACGGCGAUCAGUCGAGUGCUGAACGCGACUCCCAUCAUGGUGGUGCCACCAUUGGUAUUAGUCCAACUGGAGAAAACCAAGUGGCUCCAAGCCCGUCCCCGCAUGGUGCUUCCGAUCAAUUUGGCCCUAAUCUUGGGAACCUCUCUUUUCGCUCUACCGUUGGCUCUGGGUGCAUUUCCCCAACGACAGGCCAUCAGUGCUACAUCUCUUGAGGAAGAGUUCUGGGACCGAGGAGGCAAGAACGGUCAAGUGGAGUUUAAUCGGGGAAUGUGAUUAUAUUAGCGAGUGAUUUCAGAAUAUUGCACUGGCAUAUAGACCUGUUUUUAGCAAGCAAUUAAUUAUAACUACCUAGUUAAUCAUUGCAUUGGCUUUAAGUGAGCUUAUCGUGGGU